GUCGCACAUCAGGACCGGAGAACACUGCAACGAAUUUUUAAUAAAAUUUUCCAGUCGCAUGUUGUGAAUUUGCGUGUCCAAAGGGAAAAUCCAGGAGAAGUUGACGAGUUCAAAAUGUCCACAUAAAAGCUCGUGAGGAGUGACGACAAAGGAAAACACCGGAGACCAAUAAAAUCCCCUCAGUGUCUAUUCCUUUAUUUCUAGCAGUAGUUGAAAAUAUUCACAACCUCUUGUGAUCAUCUAUGCAAACACAUCAUAGACAUCACGCACGUCUCCUAGGAGGGACAUCACAAGGGAAUAUGUAAUGACUGACGAUCGAUGGAGUGAAUUGUCAUGAAGACUAGACAACACUCGGUAGUUUUGGUCUGAAGACUCGACUGUGCCAAUGGAUCGUGUGGUGACACCUUAUCACCGAAUCAAUCGAAUUUUUUUGAGAAUCAUUGGCCUCUGGCCACUCCAGCCACCGAUAUCUCGAUAUUCAUUCUACGCAUUCACAUUGUUUGUUACUCUCACUCAUGGAUAUUUGCAGACUGCUGGAAUGGUUGCCGCUAUAGUCGACGUCGACGUUUUUCUCGAGGCGAUACCCACGGUCUUGGCUGAUGUUGUCUGCUACUUCAAGUAUUUGAACUUCACCAUAAACGCCGGAAAAAUGAAGAAGCUUCUGCUGAUAAUGGAAGAAGACUGGAAGCGCUACACAUACGGUGAAGAGCUGGACAUUCUGAAAGAAUACGCGCAAUUUGGUCGAAAGGUCACGGUUUACUACGCGGGUGCAUUGUAUGGGUCAUUGGUACCUUUGAUGAUGACACCUCUAGUUCCCAUAGUCCUGGACAUCGUGAUGCCGAUGAAUGUGAGUUAUCCGAAGCACCUGAUGUUCCAGCAGAUCGAAUUUCUGUUCGAUUUUGAGCCGUACCUUUUUCCACUGAUCCUCCAUGGGUACAUCGGCACCGCUGGCUACCUGACCAUCAUCAUCGCCAUCGACACUAUGCUGAUGGUCUACAUUCAGCACGCCUGUGCCCAGUUCUCAAUCAUACGAUUAAUGCUGGACCGAUUGGCUAGAGUCGACCCUGACGCCGAUCGUCACACCCCCGAGUUUGAUGAGAUUGAUUAUAAAAAUAUGGCAGCGUGCAUCGAAAGGCACAACCAUGCGAUAGCAUUUUGCGAUCUGAUAGAAGAGGCGAAUUACAUGUCCUUCACCUUCAUCGUCGGGAUCAACAUGCUGAUGAUGACGUCUUCAGCUCUAGUGGCGGUUUUCAAAAUGGAUAAUCCUGACGUUGCUGGAAAAUUCGUGGCCUUCACCAUAGGCGAGAUGUUCCACUUGUUCUACAGUAAUUGGCAGGGGCAAUUACUCCAGGAGCACAGCGAAUCGAUUUUCUCUGAUGUGUACAGGGCGAGAUGGAAUUACACGUCCGUUCGCACCCAGAGACUCAUCAUUCCUCUCCUCAUGAGGAGCACAAAACCUUGCACAAUGACAGCUGGAAAAAUGUAUACCAUGUCACUGCGAAGCUUCAGUGAGGUCGUGAAGACAUCGUUCUCAUUUCUCACAGUAUUUACAUCGAUGCGAGCGUAAUCCAACUGUAAUUCUAAUUACAACCCAUCAUGUAUUCCACUAUAAAUCGAAAAAGAACGAAUCAACGAUAAUGAAUAAUAAUGAGAUUACGUAAGCCAAUGAUCAAUCGUAUGUUCAUCAUCCAAGUGAAUGAUAUUUUUGUACCGAGUGCGUUUGUAAUCAUGACAUGCACUUUACCUCGAACGAUCACUCCACUAUUUUAAUUGAUUAAUCAAUUCAUUAAUUUUCUUAUCAAUUAAUUUGGGAUUUAAUUCCGUUGUCGUCAUGUCAGGCACAUCCUUCACGCGUCUUUUAUG